UCUUCUUCUCCCUCUUUACUCUCCCCACCUCUCGCCUCCAACCCCCUCCUCAUCGCGGAAAUGGACAUCUUCAGCCGCGCCAUCCAGGCCACGCCCUGGCUUCGUGACCAGUCCCUGCCCGUCCAACUGCCCGUCAUCGCCUUGGCCGCCAUUGUCGCCUCGGUGGCCUUGAAUGUGGCCUCGCAGCUCCUCAUCCCGCGUUCCAAGUCGACGCCACCUAUGGUCUUCCACUGGUUCCCCUUUGUGGGCUCAGCCGUCACAUACGGCAUGGACCCUUACACCUUCUUUCACGAGAACCGCAAGAGACAUGGCGAUGUCUUCACUUUCUUGCUACUGGGCAGGAAGGUCACUGUGGCGCUGGGGCCAAAGGGAUCUAACUUGGUCUUGAACGGCAAGCUCAACGAGGUGUCUGCUGAGGACGUCUAUGGCGCUGUCACUGUGCCCGUCUUUGGCAAAGAGGUCGUCUACGAUGUGCCCAAUGCCGUCUUGAUGGAGCAGAAGCGCUUCGUCAAGGCCGGUCUGUCCACCGAGAACUUGCACGUCUAUGUCGGUCAGAUUGUCGAUGAGGUGGAGAACUUUGUCGCGAAUGACUCGACCUUCUCAGCCCUCAAGGCUGGCAAGCCCGCUGUAAUCGACACUUUCCAAGCAAUGUCAGAGAUCACCAUCCUUACCGCAUCUCGCACGCUCCAAGGCCAGGAGAUUCGCGAGUCUCUUGACAAGUCCUUCGCCGACCUCUACCACGACCUCGACGCCGGCUUUACCCCGAUCAACUUCAUCAUGCCCGGCCUGCCCCUCCCCGCCAACUUCAGGCGCGAUCGCGCACAACAGAAGAUGUCCCGCUUCUACCGCGACAUCGUAGAGAAGCGACGAGCAGCCGCAGAGAAGGGUGGGCUAGAGAGUGCUGCGGGCGGGUACCACGACAUGAUCGCGACCUUGAUGGAGCAGAAGUACAAGAACGGUCGCCCCCUCUCCGACAUUGAGAUUGCCCACAUGAUGAUUGCCCUCCUCAUGGCAGGGCAGCACACCUCGUCCGCCACUGGUUCGUGGGCCCUUUUGCGCCUCGCUUCCAAGCCAGAAGUCAUCCGUGAGCUCUACGACGAGCAGGUACGAGUCUACGGAGAUGGUACCCCUGGCUCCUUCCGCCCUCUCGACUACGAGACCAACAAGACGCAGCUGCCCAUUCUCGACUCGGUCAUUCGCGAAACCCUUCGCAUGCACCCUCCAAUCCACUCCAUUAUGCGACUGGCGCUCAAGGACCUCCCAGUCCCCGCGACCAUGGGCGGUGAUGGCUCCGCGGGAAAGAAGAGCGAUACCCAAACCCUCAUCAUCCCCAAGGGCCACUCAGUCCUCGCCGCGCCCGGCGUGUCAGCAAUCGACCCUUCCCUCUGGCCGGACGCAGGAGAGUUCAAGCCAUCACGUUGGCUUGAGGCAGGCCAGCUCAAGGGCGAGGAGUCGUCCUCUACCUCCCCCUCAGACACCGUCGACUACGGGUGGGGAGCCGUCUCCACUGGCGCCAACUCGCCCUACCUCCCCUUCGGCGCCGGCAGGCACAGGUGUAUCGGCGAGCAGUUCGCCUACCUCCAGCUGGGGACCAUCGUUGCGACGGUGGUGCGCGGUUUCGAGUGGGAGAUCGAGGGUGGAAAGUUCCCUGAACCAGACUACACUAGCAUGAUCGUACUGCCAAAGGCGCCGGCGCGAUUGGUCAUGAGGAGGAGGAAGCAUGCAGCCUGAGUGAGGUAUUGCGCCCAUCUCGUAGCGAUGAGACGGCUACUGAAUGCGUCGUCCUGAUUCUCUAUUUGUCUCUUCACCGCCCCACUACCCACAUCAUCAUCAUCAUCAUCAUCACCCACAGUCUUUACUACGUAUGCUCGUCUAUUGUUUUGUAGAAAUGGAAAGAAUGAGAUUGCACUUCCUCCUCAU